AUGGUGUCGACGGUGGCAACUCCCCGCAGGGAGAGAAGCACCAUCACCUCCGUUCCAAACACCCCAAAGACUCCAGAACCCAGUCUCCCACCUGCCAUCCCGGCUUCCUCGCUGCCUCCAGCACCUCCAGUCAAGUCGGCCAACGGAUUGGUCGUCGAACUCAUUAAAUACCGUCUCUACCUAGCAUCUUACAGCUCUCCACCAACCGGUUCCACAGUCAUCCCAUUCCCUCGCAGACCAGACCGACAGUCGUCCAGCAAGGACUCCAAACUCAGCCCUAUUAGGCGAGGUACACCGUCCAAGCUUCCAAGGGGGAAAACUUCCACUCCUUCCAAGACCAGGGGACCUAUCUUCUUUACCGUCGAUGACCGUCUUUUCUAUAACAAGUUCCAUUUGGACUUCGGUCCGUUCAACAUUGGCCAUUUAUACAGAUUUGCUAUCUGUCUCCAUGACUACAUGAGUGCCAAAGAAAACAAGAACCGUCAAAUCGUGUUCUGGAGCAGAAGUGACCCCAGAAGCCGUGCCAACGCUGCUUGUCUUGUCGCUGCUUACCUCGUUCUCGUCCAAAAUUGGCCCCCACACCAGGCUUUGGCUCCAAUUGCCCAGCUAGACCCUCCAUUGAUGCCAUUCCGAGACGCUGGUUACAGCCAGGCAGACUACAUGAUCAGUAUUCAGGAUGUUCUCUAUGGCAUCUUUAAAGCCAAGGAAAAUAGAUUGAUCUCUCUCAAGUAUUUUGAUGUCGAGGCCUAUGAACGUUUUGAGCGAGUUGACCAGGGAGAUUUCAACUGGGUUUCUCCAGAUUUCAUCGCUUUCGCUUCUCCAAUCUUUCCUCCUCCACCUCCACCCAAGAAGCUCCCUAAUGGUCAGAUGGGUCCAAAACUACAGUACACCAACGAGUUCUUUGCUAGGCACAAGCCCGAAGGUGGCAAGUACCCCACUAAUCUUGAGGAACUUGCAACAACCAAACUCACGGAAAGCUUCCGUAACGUCCUCGAGUAUUUCUACACCGAGGACAUUGGUGUAGUUGUAAGGCUGAACUCGCAUCUCUAUCCCUCCGAGUACUUUGUCAAAAUGGGUAUUGCUCAUGUCGACAUGAUCUUCGACGAUGGAACUUGCCCGGAUGAUGAAACUGUCAGGAAGUUUAUCAAUAUUUGCAACAAAAUGAUUGCAAACAAGAAGAAGAUAGCAGUCCACUGCAAAGCUGGACUCGGCAGAACCGGCUGUCUCAUUGGUGCUUAUCUCAUCUAUCGCUACGGCUUUUCUGCUAAUACCUGCAUUGCCUACAUGCGAUUCAUGAGACCGGGUAUGGUCGUCGGACCACAGCAGCAUUGGAUGCAUUUGAAGCACGAUACUAUCAGGCAGUGGGCAUUCGAAGAUGCCUAUGCAGAAGAGCGCAAAGACCUCCUUUCCCAACUCCAACUCCUCCAAGACCAGCAAGGAUCCACCAAAAUGGUCAAGAUCCGAACCAGAAUCACCACUCCAGUCGAGCAGACCCCUCCACGACGUAGGUCCGUCCUCGGAGAAAUCGCUCCUGUCGGCAACGAUAUUUCCCCCGAACAUUUGCCCGUCCCAACACCUGGUCAGCCAAGGAAGAACUCCGCCAAAUUCUUUAGCCCGAACCGAUACUCCGUUCACGAGGAUCCUAAGCAAUACGUCGAUGGCAUUAGAGUUGACACCGAUGAUGAAAACACUUCCUGCAUCGAGGCUGAAGAGUUGUCAGAGGAAGAACUUCACUUGCGAGUCACAGCCAAGCGCCUUACGUCGAGGAGCCCCAAGGCAGGUAGUAGAACCGCCAGUCAAUCUUACGCCAUCUCAACUGUUACUUCUACCCCUACCUCUAAGAUUCCAACAGCCCCUACCAGCACUACUCCAGUGGGGAGUCCAUUUGGCGGCAGCAGCACCAUUAGGAAGAUCUCUGGCGAAAAGACUCCCCCACAUAUGAUUAGCGCUAAGCCUACAACUAGCGGACCUCUUCUAAAGGUUAGAGCUGUUCGCAGAACCGGUGCCAUCAAUCAUACGAGAGACGGUAGGGUCAGGAAAGUUAGUGGACGAAUCGUUAGUCAGGGUGCCCCCACAUCAUCCAGGCCCCCCAACAUUGCAGAGCAUUAA